AUGGCCAGGGAACAACGUUUUAUGUUCAGUUUCCGACGUCUCUGUUACCUUGUCUUCAUCUUCUCCAUCUUCUCCGUCAUCUUAGUCCUCUCUUGGUGUCACUUUUCUGGCCAAUGCUAUUAUCCAAACCAAUUAUUAUCAACAGAAAAGAAGUCAAAUUAUAAUAGCAAUCAACCAAUCAUCAACCUCCUUUCAUAUCCUUUUGCAUGGAACCGCCUUGCCUUUUCAUCAGAAUUACCACCUCCAAGGCUCUUAAAGAUUGCACUUUUUGUCAAGAAAUGGCCUCGGAGAUCUCACGCCGGCGGGCUCGAACGCCACGCCCUCACACUCCACCUCGCUCUUGCCAGAAGAGGCCAUGAACUUCACAUCUUCACGACGUCGUCGUCGUCGCCGCCGCCUUCGGAUUCAUCUCUUCCAGAAUAUGAGCUUACCAACUUGCAUUUUCACCUCUCAGAACCAACGCCUGGUGGUUACCUUGAUCAAGCUUCAGUUUGGGAGCAAUUUCAAGCAGAGAACUCAACAGGAAGACCAUUUGAUGUGGUUCAUACUGAGAGUGUUGGUCUUAGGUACACUCGAUCACGCUAUGUUAGUAAUUUGGCUGUCUCUUGGCAUGGGAUUGCAUAUGAAACCAUUCAUUCUGAUAUCAUUCAAGAACUUCUGAGAAGUCCCCAAGAACCACAGGCGAAAGCAUUGACCGAAAGGGCAAUGAAGGUUGUUGAAGAGGUAAAGUUCUUCCCAAAUUAUGCACAUCAUGUCGCCACUAGUGACCAUGCUGGAGACAUCCUGAAGAGGGUCUACAUGAUCCCAGAAGAAAGAGUUCAUAUUAUUCUCAAUGGGGUGGACCAAGAUGUUUUCAAACCAGACAUCUCCAAAGCAAAAGAGUUCAAGCAGAGGCAUAACAUUCCAGAUUCUAAGUCACUGAUUAUAGGACUUGCAGGUAGACUAGUCAAAGACAAAGGACACCCAUUAAUGUUUGAAGCUUUAGAGCAGAUUAUAUCAGAAAACAGGACGUUCCAAGAAAAUAUCAUGGUUCUGGUUGCUGGAGAUGGUCCUUGGGCUGCAAGAUACAGAGAUUUAGGGCCGAAUAUAAUGGUUUUGGGGCCACUUGAUCAAGCUGAACUGGCUUGUUUCUAUAAUGCUAUUGACAUAUUCCUAAACCCUACUUUAAGAGCACAAGGGUUGGAUCACACAUUGUUAGAAGCAAUGCUUUCUGGGAAGCCAGUAAUGGCUACUAGGCUUGCAAGCAUUGUAGGGUCUGUAAUUGUUGACAAGGAAAUGGGUUAUACAUUUUCUCCAACAGUGACUUCAUUAAAGAAGGCCAUCUAUGAGGAAUGUGGUGGGGGUAGGGAAGUUUUAGAGAGGAAAGGUCAGGUUGCUCUGCAAAGAGGUCUGAAAUUCUUCACUGCUACAAAAAUGGUGGCUGCUUAUGAAAGGCUUUUUCUUUGCAUAUCAAACAGAAACAAUGGGAACAAUCUUUGUCAGUAUCAACCGCCAAGUAAUUAGAUGAGCAUAGAAAUAAAGAGCAGCAGGAUGGCAAUUCCAUUCAAAUGU